GGUGAUAAUUGUGUAUAACUCGUAUUAUGCAGUAGCCAAUUUAGUUGGUUAAAAUUUUAAGAAAUGAUAUCUAAAAUACGAAAUAAAAUCUUAGCUCUAGCAUUUGUCUUUUCUGAUUUUUUUUUUUUUUUCAAAAAAAAGCAUACUACGCAAAAUAUCCUUAUUCCUGUUGAAAAUCCCCUUUAAUAAACACUACGGAGUUAGGCAAUGAGGAAACUAACUCCUGCGUUUCGUCAAAAAGAAAGAGAGCAUUUUAUUUUUUUAUUUUUUGACAGAAGAAAUAGAGCAUUUUGAGAAAGCAAAGAGCUUCAGAGCCCAGAAGCUUUAUGGUGAGGACCUAUUUAUUGCAAUUUAAACAGAUUUUUAGCAAAGGGUUCUACUGUUGACUCUUUUAAUACUGUGGUUAUAUAAAUUUUCUUAGUGUUAUGUGCUUGCCUACCAAGUGUUCGACAAAAUGCCCAACUGAAACUCAGCUGAUAGUAUGAUACUAGUAACAACUAUUGAUUUGUAAGAAAAACUGAUCACUCAAUCUUACUGGGGUUCUUCAAAGUUCAAUUCUUCGUGCAAAACAAGGUGUGAAAUUUCCAGUAGAAUAACAAUAAUGGCUCUAAUGAGCCAUAAUCUUCCUUAUUUCACAUUCCUAAACUUCAAUCACAAUUCACUUCUCUUUCCUAAUUCCUCCAUCUUUAAUGGCGGGACUCAAAGAUUCAAACUUUUUUCUCUCUCCUCAGUACCUCCUCCUCCUUCUUCUAAUCCAUGUUCUUCCUCUGUAUCUACACCCCCCAUUUUUCUUCCUUACCUUGAAGAAGAAGAGGAGGUUGAAGAAGAAGAGCAAAACGAGAAAUACCCAGAUGACCCAAUUUACAGAUUCUUCAAAUCCCGAAAUUCAACUCAAGACCCGCCUCGGGAAUCCAGGUUAACCCUCCAGAAAAAACGUCGAACUGCUUGGCAUUUGGCUGAUGACAAUGAGGACACCGAAACCGAAACCGAAAUCGGAUUCGAGCUUAUGGGCGAAAGAAUAGAGGAGAGGAAUGAAUUGGGUGAUGAUGAGAGGCCUGAGAUUGAGGGUAUUGUAGGGGAAAUAUUGGGAAUUGCGAGGAAUUUACCGGAGAAUUCGACGUUGGGAGAGGAGUUGAGUGGAUAUGAAGGAGUAGGGGAGACAGAAUGUGUGGAGGUGUUGGAGUUUAUGAUUCAAGAAGGUAUGAUGAUGAGUUGCUUGUAUUUUUAUGAGUGGAUGGGGUUGCAGGAACCCUCUAUGGUUACUCCUAGAGCUUGUUCUGUGUUGUUUCCUGCAUUGGGGAGGGCUAGGAUGGGUGGUAAGCUGAUGAUUUUGUGGAGGAAUUUGCCUGAUUCGAGCGAUUUUAGGGAUGUUCAUGUUUAUAAUGCUGCAAUGUCUGGGCUAUUAACCAGUGGAAGGUAUCAAGAUGCUUGGAAGGUGUAUGAGGAAAUGGAGAUGAAUAAUAUCCUCCCAGAUCGUGUGACAGGUUCUACUAUGAUUACUGUCAUGAGAAAGGAAGGCAGAAAAGCCAAAGAUGCAUGGGAAUUUUUCGAAAGAAUGAAUAGAAAAGGAAUCAAAUGGAGUUUAGAGGUUGUAGGAGCUCUGAUCAAAUCAUUUUGUGAUGAGGGAUUGCAGAAACAAGCCUUGAUCAUUCAGGGAGAGAUGGAGAAGAAAGGAAUUUCCUCGAAUACCAUAAUAUAUAACACCCUUAUAGAUGCUUAUUGUAAAUCCAACCAGCUUGAAGAAGCUGAAGCUCUCUUUGUUGAAAUGAAGACCAAAGGCCUUUCGCCUUCAACUGCCACCUACAAUAUUUUUAUGAAUGCUUACAGCAAAAGGAUGCAACCAGAGGUUGUGGAGAAUAUUCUUGAGGAAAUGCAGAACACUGGCCUAGAACCAAAUGUCAAAUCAUACACAAAUCUGAUUAGUGCAUAUGGGAGACAGAAGAAGAUGAGUGAUAUGGCUGCUGAUGCAUUCUUGAGGAUGAAAAAAGCUGGUAUAAAGCCAACUUCUCAUUCCUAUACUGCCCUGAUUCAUGCAUAUUCAAUUAGUGGUUGGCAUGAAAAAGCAUAUAAAGCAUUUGAGAACAUGCGGAGGGAAGGAAUUAAACCCUCUAUAGAAACAUAUACUGCUCUUCUUGAUGCAUUCAGGCGAGCUGGGGAUGUACAAACAUUAAAGGAAAUAUGGAAAUCCAUGAUUCAGGAGAAAAUUGAAGGGACUCGGGUAACCUUCAACAUUCUUCUUGAUGGAUUUGCAAAGCAGGGUCAUUAUGUGGAAGCAAGGGAUGUUAUCUGUGAAUUUGGAAAGAUCGGUUUCCAACCAACAGUGAUAACAUAUAAUAUGCUAAUAAAUGCAUAUGCACGAGGAGGACAAGAUUUAAAGUUGCCGCAGUUAUUGAAGGAGAUGAUUGCUCUAAACUUGAAGCCUGAUUCUGUUACAUACGCCACUAUGAUCUAUGCUUUUGUUCGUGUUCGUGAUUUCAAAAGGGCUUUUUAUUACCACAAACAGAUGGUUAAAAGUGGGCAAAUCCCAGAUGCUGAAUCGUAUCAGAAGCUCAGAUCAAUUUUGAACGUAAAAGCGGCUGUAAAGAACAAGAAGGACAAGAGUGCCAUACUUGGUAUAGUUAAUAGCAAAAUGGGUAUGGUGAAAGAUAAAAGGAAAGUUCAGAAAGAUGAAUUCUGGAAGAACAAGAAGAAAAAUGUGAGAUUUCACAAUCCUGAUCAUGUUGGACGAUGAGUUACAGUCCAGCUUGUGCUAAAACUUCUUACAAGUCAACUGGAAAUUCGGGGUAAUACUCAAACCUUGGGGAUACUAAAGUGCUUUUCUUGGCUCAGUCAGCUUUCCCUGUGUCUUGCGUGCCUGAAACUGUAAGGCUAGAUAGCUAACAAUCUGCACAAAGUCAAGUACAAUGUCCAUGAUCAACUUGGACCUCUUCUCUUUUCAUGUAUAUUUUUUAUAUGUAUUUCUGUUGUAGUGUAUAGAAUUAAAUGGAAAGGUAUAAACAACUGUUCUGAAUUGCCGACUGUUUUUUGCUGAUGGCUUCAUGUUUUCCUUCACAUGCCUUGAAUGUCAUGUCACAUGUAGUUUGCUAUCUUCCCCCUGAAUAAAUGGACUACUUUACUCA